UUGAAGGAAAAGGCAGUUGCACACGKGUAUUAGCAUUCAGAAGCGGCAAGCUUGACCUGCAGGCUUGGUCGCUACCUCUUCUCCAGCUCCGAGUGGAACUAUGAUCACCUGGCAGGAAGUUUUUGCAGGGAAGCUUGAAGAAAUGCAYGUAAUAGAUUCGUGGACACUUGUGGAGGAUGAUGCCCUGCAGGUGCAGGCCUGCAGGCCUGGCUGGAAGGAGUUUGUGCCGCGCCGUGCUCUUGGGAGGUUUCAGUGCUCCCAGUGCUUUCAUAAGUGGUCUUCUGCCAAAGUGCACAUCCUGUUCCACAUGAACCAGUGCCAAGGCUGGGGCACGGUACGGAUGCGAAUCUUUCGCCAGGAAUGCAGGCAGUGCCCCAAGCCCCGGCUGGAAGAUCCUGAGUUCAGCCUGGAGACUGUGGAGACAAUUCUGCACAACGUGGUGAUAAAGAUCCGCCAGUAUUUCUACAAUCAGCCUGUCCAGCCCUCUGACCUCCUGGAAGUGGUGGUGGACACRCCGGUGGCGGGGCCACACGACAGUGCCCACUGUGAGGCCUGCCGGCUCGGCAUUUGCCACAGGUCACGGUCAGCCCCAGCACAGGAUGCCUGCAAGGCCUUAACAGAUGAGGACAAGGCCAGGAUGCACAGCACCAACUCCUCUGAUGCCUGGAAUGCCUUGAGCGGUGUGAGGAAGGCCAGGGCCCAUCACACUCAUUUGCACCCAGCCCUGGUACGGGUUGCCCAGGAUGCAAAUGUGCCCAGGACCUCCCAGACCCUGAAAUACCAGGGCUCAAGGCCCCGUCCAGCCUCGACCCACCACCCCUCAUCCCGCAAUAGAAACUUCUCCUGGAAACGCUGCUGCUGCAUAGGCAGCUCUUUGAUCUCUCUUUGUGUUGUGGCAGUGAUUUUAUACCUGGUGUUUUAUUUCACUAUGAAGACAGAGGGACCUGGGGAUCACAGUUCCCCCACAGAGGGUCCUGGGGAUCACAGUUCCUCCACAGAGGAACUGGGGCAAUGGGUACCCACGGUCAGCCCUUACUCUUGGCUCAGUAAGGCUUUCCCAGCUCUUGGUGGCAGGAGAAAACAUUGUCAUGUCUCAGCCAGGCGCUUUAUCCCACUGGAAGACUCAUGGGUCUGAUGGUUUCUUAUGGGAUAUAUUCUGUAUGAGGAUGACUAUCAGCUGCCCUGUGCACAGGAUGAGGUUUAUUAUUUACAGGAAUAAA